CGAAUCAGCCCUUCAGUGCAAACCCAUGUGCCUGGCCAUGGAGGUGUGUGCGCGGCUGCUGUGAGCUACAAAGGGCGAGGGGAGAGAGAGGGAGAGGAGGUGCCCUGUGCAGCUCCCAUAUACCCUCCCCCACCACCCAAGAACAGACACAUCCAAUCCAGCCUCAUUGCUGUCAGGAGCUCCUCUCUGAUCCCCCCCACCCCAAACCCCUCCCCCUCUCCCCUCCAGCCUGAUCACACUAAGGAAUGAUGAAAAAAAAUAAUUCUGCAAAAAGGGGGCCACAGGAUGGAAACCAGCAAUCCAUGCAGCCAGAGAAGGUCGGCUGGGUUCGGAAAUUUUGCGGGAAAGGCAUUUUUAGGGAAAUCUGGAAAAACCGUUAUGUGGUUUUGAAGGGAGAUCAGCUUUAUAUCUCAGAGAAAGAGGUCAAAGAUGAAAAAAACAUCCAGGAAGUGUUUGACCUGAGUGAUUAUGAGAAAUGUGAAGAGCUCAGGAAGUCCAAAAGCAGAAGCAAAAAGAACCACAGCAAGUUCACGCUAGCACACUCCAAACAGCCUGGAAACACGGCACCCAAUCUGAUCUUCCUGGCCGUCAGUCCGGAGGAGAAAGAGUCCUGGAUCAACGCCCUCAACUCCGCCAUCACCCGAGCCAAAAACCGCAUCUUAGAUGAGGUGACUGUUGAGGAGGACAGCUACCUCGCCCAUCCGACCCGCGACAGAGCGAAAAUCCAGCACUCCAGACGGCCUCCGACACGGGGACACUUGAUGGCUGUGGCAUCUACCUCAACGUCGGAUGGCAUGCUGACACUGGACCUCAUCCAAGAGGAAGACGCCUCUCCCGAGGACCACGGGACCUGUGAAGAGAGCUUCCGGGUAGAUCUGGAUAAAUCCAUGGCGCACCUCACUGCCGGCCGACGCCGGUCGGAUUCGGAGAACGUCAAGUCCUCGGAGAAAGGCCGGUCAGUGAGCCUGCCGAGACGGGAGGCGAUCUCGUGGGACAAAACUGGGAAACGCAACGACGCCUUCGAGAAAGGGACCAUGUACACCCCGCAGGUCCCCAAAAAGCUCUCGCACUCGGAAAAGAACAAAUGUGCCUCCAUGGAGGAGAUUUUGUCUCGCCGGGACUCCUCUGCGCACCGGGCAGUGCUGAGGAAGGGGCUGGAGGCUCAGUUUGCUUCGGGUGAGCCAGAGCAGCUGGCCCGGAUACAGGAACUGGUUGCACUGAAACUGGAAAAAACUCAGGAACUGCUGGCGGAGGUGAAGGGCUAUGGGGAAGGGAAGCGAAAGACAAAAGAUUUUGCCGCUGCUGCCACCACCACCUCUUCGUCUUCCAAGUCGGACUCUGAGAGCAUCUUGCAGGAGACAGAGAGGUUGCUGGGCGAGGCCUCCUCAACCUGGAGCCAGGCCAAGAAGGUGUUACAGGAGAUUAAAGAGCUGAGGGACCUGUACAAACAGUUAGAACUGCAGCCGUCGGACCCUAAACCCAAACAGAUCUCACAGUCUCAGUACAGGAAGAGCAUGAUGUGAAGGCACGCUUCAGGGUGGGGUGGUGGUGAUUUCUUUUUAUUAUUAUUUACAGUGUUCGAAACAGUACAACGUGCCUGUUCUCAUCAAAACUUCCUCCUCAAGCUUCACCCCUUCCCCUCCCCAGAUCUCCCCCUCGCCCUCCGUCCCCAGAUGAAACAGAAGGUGUUCCAAUAAAUCAGUUUGGAUUCCUACUUUUUUUCCAAGUAUCCUUUCUCUGCAUUCUUGGGCUGCUCGUGUCAUGCUUGCAGGAUGGAAGAUCACCAAGACCUGGAAAGCUCCCAGCACACUUGUGGAGACAUACGCACAGCAGCAGGGGUAGAUAUUCUUCCUCUAUAGAAGCCCUGGGUUUGCUGCUCUGAACCCAGAGCUGCAGUUCUGUCUCCUGCGUUACAGCUCUUUGAUCAAGAGCAUUGGCAACUUGGUUUAUGUUUUUCCUCCUCUUUAAAAAAAGAGUCAGCACAUGGAGGUCCCCGUUAUCCAAAAACUGUUUGGAAGAUGCUUGCCAGUGACAUCCAAGCCCGGGUUGUCUGAACGAGGAGAUUCCCAGCCUGGAAUGCAGUCUGACAUGUCGUGAGAGGCAUCGGGCGCUCCUUCCUGGACUGCAGUUAACAGGGCUCUUCCCUGGCAUUGUUCCUGCACUGAUCCCAAACCCUCUUUUGCAAACUCCUGUGGCAGGCAGCUGUUAAUACAUGUGGUACAUAUACAGCCCUCCGUACGGAGGCAACAGGUAUGCAAUCUGUGUUAAAAUUAACCCUGUCUGUCAGCCGACAGCCGAUGCUUCGGAGACACCCCCUGGCCCGGUGCAAUGAGAUUUAGCAACCACAAUGUCUUCCUUCUUGUGCAGAUGAUCAAAGCCUGGAGUCCAACGGGCAGUCAUUAUUUGUUUUUCAUUGUUCUUUCCUUCAUUUAGGCUGGAGUGAAAUGGAAAGUCAGGGUUUGGCACAGAGGGCAACAGAAAAGCUGAGAAUUGCCGUUGGUUUAAUGGGACUGAUUCUGCUCUCGCUCACACUCCGUUUACACAAUCGAGCCUCACACAAUUGUCACUUAGCUGACAUUGACGUGAGGUCAGUAUCAGGCCCACUGAAACUCAAACGGAUCCCAAAUUACAGCUCAGAUAUCCUCGCCUCGCUGAUGUCUAGCACUUUUCUAAAUAGGUAGCUCAGCUUUCAUGCACUUAAGCAGCAGGACAAGAGGGAAAUAGGCAAAGAUUUCUCUCAGGGCUUAAAGUACACUGGCAAAUUAACAUCAGUUGUUUUUUCUAAGAAAUCUAAUUUCCUUGCCUAUGUUGCAAAGAACCCCUGAGAAUAUUAAAAACAACUGAGUUUUAAAUGACUAAUUUCCUUUUCACUGUUUACAUUUUGUACCUCUCAUAUAUUUGAAAUGAGGGGAGUUAUGUUGACGUCUGAGUCUGGUCAGUUUCACUCAUAUUGCCGGCUAAGGCUGUGAUGUUUGGGUUGCAAAACGCUGCAAGGAAAUGUUGAUCUGUGUUUUUUAAAAGCUCCCACCAGCUGGAAUUAAAUAACAUUGGUGGCAAUAUUUCUAUUGGCCUGAGCUUCUUUAACAGCUGGUUGUUUGCAAAGCUUAAAUUUGGGGCCCAAUUUCACCUGACAAUGUCCCUUUAAGUUAUUCAUAUCUAUUUUCAAAACCUAUCCUUCAAACAGCAGAAGAAUUUCUGGCUCAUUUCAAUUCUUAUCACAAAGUCACACAGUCAUGCCGUUAUGAUAGAAGUGGGGAGAUUUGGCUUUUACAGAAUUUAGAAGUAUCCUUUUCUUGAUUUAUUUUUUUUAAACAUGUUGGACCACGCAACGGGUGCAUUUUUAUAGUCAGUGGAAUCAAAUUUCAUCCCUUAAAUAACAAACAAACAAACAAACAAAAAGGAAAGAUUAAAAAACAAAACAGACAUGUAAGCCAUUCUGACAGUGCCCUGUCGGUUUGGAAGCAGGUUUGUCCUACAAUGAAAACUCACAUGUCACAUAGUUGUUAGAGCUGGGCAAAAUUUUGCAACAGGUUCUAAGCUUGGGACCAGGUUUUGCCGAGCUUCACCAACCUUCCCGCUAACCUAGGGUGGACUUCUGGGCAAACGGGGUCGGGCAGAGUUAUGGUUUGUGGACAGAACCAUUCAGUAUGGUUUUGCAUGGUUUUGACCCCCGAAUUGGGCAGCUGUGGGUUUGGUUCAACCCAAAACUCCUGUGAUACAAAUCCGGUGAAGUGAAUUCAAAAAAGAAACUAUCACACCAGUGCCCCUGAAAACCAAAACAGGCAAGUUUCAUACAGCUCUAGCCACGGCAUUUAUGUCCAGACACCAUGAUUCUGCAUCAGCACAAAGUCAUGAUGUGAUGCUGUGAGAUCACGGUCUCCUCAUCAUGCCACAGUGACAUUGCUCUGCUCUUACCCUGGAGCAUCCCAAAAGGUAGGGAUGCAAAAAUUACCCAAUCAAAAACUGGGAUGAGUGGCGACUCAAAGGAACUGGAAUCCUCCCCAGCCAAUCAAAUUCCUAAGGUUCCCCUUUCCCAUGACAUCAGAGGAAAUGUUAGGGGUGCGAGGGGAAGAGGUAUGGAGGGCCACCUCCCACUCCUUGCUUCUGCGCCUGGGUCCUGAACAUCGCCAUGGUUUUCAUGACUCUUCCGUGCCUUGGGCUCCUCCAAAAUGCCUAUGGUAGCUGCUUCUGGGUGAAAUUCUGGCCUCACUGACAUCACUGAAGCCAGGAUUCCACCUUCUGACUCAAAGCAGAGCUAACUUCACAAUUUUGAGGGUCCCAACAAAGGGGUUAUUUUUGAGAUGCUCAUUCCCCUUCUGUGUCCCACCUCCAUCUCUCCUCCUCCCUCCCUGGUCAAUGAGCCUAGAGAGCACUUGGCUCUUACAAUCCCACGCUGUGGCACAAAGAGAGGCCCCAAAGCUGGCCAGGCCUGUCCCACUCCUUUGGCCUUUCCCCCACCCAGCAGCGUUGCCAGAGAAUUUGGUAAGACGGCACAUUUGCAUUAUCAUUUAUUAUUUGUAGAGCGGGCUGGAAAUUUUUCAAUGGAAUGUUUUUCCUUUGGAAACCAAAACUUCCCAGGGGAACAUGUCUAUUUUGAUAAAAUUUUGUUUCCGGGGCAAAAAAGUGAGGGGGAAAACAAGAGUUUUGAUGAGUUAAAAACAUUCUGUUUUGACAUUUUCAGAAUGGAACACGUCAGUAUUUAGUUUAGAAAUUUAUAUUAUAAAAAUGUAAACACAUUUUCAAACGCCAACACUGAAACAAGAGAGACAAGGUGGGUGAGGUUGUAUCUUUUAUUGGACCAACUUCUGUUGGUGAGAGAGAGAAGCUUUUGCGCUUACACAGAGCUCUAAAACAUUUCAAUUGGCCCCAAACCAAAACUGUUUCAGAAAUGUCAUUUUCUGGAAAAUUUUGAAAUUCUUUGGUUUUGUUCUAGUUGGUAACUACGCAAAUUUAGAGAUCACCGAAUUUCCUGCAAAACAGAAAUUCCAGUUCCCACGCAGCUCUAGUCAGGUGUCAGGACUCAUUGUGUGAGAUGCAGUACAUUUUUAUUGCUGGUUGGUCUAUGACAGUAGCGCCUAAGAGUCCCAGUCAUGGAUCAAGUCCCAUGGCGCUAGGUGCUGUACAAACACAAGACAAAGAGACAGACCUUGCCCCCAACAUGGGAUAUAAUUCCCCCUCCAUUCACUUUUAAUCUUUUAUUUUAUUUUAAAUUUCACCAAAUGUUCCCCAUUUGUCAAUCCCUUUUGUGGGAUUACAGAGAAAAGCCAAAUACAAGAGAGAGUGGCAUGUGUGGGGAAAACAUGCCAGUCAGUUUAGCACUGUUACCUUCCUUCCCGAGCACAUCUUCCCGAGUUAAAAACAGCAUGAGGAGUUGAGGUGGGGAAGGGAGAUAGUGUGUGGGAGGAAUGUUCGGGAUGACUGGGGGUCUGCGGAGGGACGGGGGGAGUAAAGAGACCAAGGGGUGUGAUUCUCCAUUCCCUUGCACUUUGUGCAGUCAUUUGUGCCAGUGCAAAGCGGGUGCAUUUUACACCCAUUAUGCACAAUUGACUGAACAAGGGGCAGGGCAAACAGAGAACCCGGCCCCACAUCCUGUGUGUCUUUGAUUCAUCUGAUCUUUCACAGCAAGUUGCAAUGUUUGGUUUUAAACCUUCUGUGCAUCAAGAAACAAAAAAUUGAGCCAGUUUCACUGAUGCUCCAUAGUCAGAUCUUUUCAAUCAGCUGUGCAUGUUGGGAAGCAGCAUGGCCUAGUGGAUAGAACAUUGGACUGGGACUCAGGAGAUCUGCAUCCUACUCCCAGCUCUGCUGCUGGGUGAGCUUGGGCAAGUCACUCUCUGCCUCAGUUUCUCCAGCUGUGAAAUGGGGAAAAAGAUACUGACCUUCUCUGUAAACCACUUGGAGAUCUACUGAUGAAAAGUGCUCUGUAAGAGCUACAUAUCAUGAUGCUAUGACUAGCUGCUCUCGAGUUUAUAAGGCAUUGCACAUUACUGUGGAACGUUUGUAUUGGUAUUAGGUUUUCUGGUUCUGGAGCGAUUGCAUGGACAUUGUUUUCAUUGUAUAGCUAAGGGACUGUCUGACCAAGGUUGCUAGUGGCAGAUGGCCCUCAGAGCAAGCCUGCAUGCUCAUUUCUCUGUUAUACUGUAUCCCAUGCUCCUGAGGUCAAAUUCCAGUCCUGCACUUCAUGCCACAUCAAUGCCAUUGGCAAACUGCGGAACCAAGGGCUACAGAGAGCAUGGCAGUAGCGAAUGGGUUUGCAACUGAAGGACUGUAACUCCCAAAAGACAAACCCAACAAUCAUCCAGGGAAGGGAAUCAUUCUCCUGUUCUCACUGAACUGCCACUGAAAUCAGUGCAAACUAUUCUGGGGGUAUGUCGGGAGAAUAGGGGACCUUAGAGUUUUUCCCCCACACCUUCCUCUGUAGCAUGGUUUGCCUGCAGGGAUCCUCCAUACAUCUCAGCUAAUCAAUUCCCUGCCACUGCAAGAGCUUGGGGGUAGUGGGGGCCCCUUGGUCCCACUCAUUCUCUGCCUGUGGUGCAGUUUCGUUUCCUGCAGACUGGAAUGUUUUGGUCUAACUAAAAUCUUUGGGAGCAGCACAAGAGUAACGGGGUGAAAUGUGAUCUACAAGAGGUCAGACUAGAUGAUCUAUCUGAUGGUCCCUUCUGGCCUUAAACUCAAGGAGCCUAUGAAAUAGGAGGGUGAGGAAAUACGGCUUAAGGUCCCCUGUUCUAAUGGCAUUUUGUGACUCCCACGACCCAAAGUGACGGUGAAUAACGCGGUGGCCGUGGUGCCCUGGUUCUCCAUUGCCUGCACCGGGUGUGAUUCACCCCUGUGCCAAGUGGCCGUAUAACACUACUGAAUCAGAACAACAGUGUUUGCACCCACUUUACACUGGUCUAAAUGGGGUGCAGGAUGAUUGGGGGAAAAAAAAUCAAGCUUGGGGGCUUCAAAGCUAGUUUUUCACUCAGCGCGGUACGCCCAUCUGUCAGCUCUGCGCUCAGCCAGCUGAGACGAGCUCCUGUUUAGCUUGAGCUAAAAAGACAGAGCAGCAGGCUCAGCUUUAAAAUUCCUCUGUGGCUUUAUUUAAUUAAUUAACUUAGUUUAAAAAAUGGGUCCAGAAUUGCCCCCGGCACCGGGCAACCACAUAUUCAUGGCUCUAAUUGCCAGCAAAUUUUCAUUAACACUGAAAAAAAGAGGUCAUGAACAAAGCAGCAUGGAAAACGCUACGUGAAGGGGUCUUUUAUAUCCUUGGCUCCCCACCCACUAAGAUCAAAUCAAGGGGAGAAUAUGCCCAGAAGCCAAUCACUUUUUUUUUUUUGCAUGCCUCUUACUUAAAUCUUUUACUGCUAGCUCCUUGAUUCUCACUGCACCUGCCAAAACCCAGUCACACUGCAAUGAAAUCAUCGCUAUAUAUGGCAGGCACUGCUGGUUCCCCCGGCUGCGCCUCCUGGGCUUGGCAGGUGGAGGACACCUCGAAUGGUACAUUCAGGAGCUCAGCAGUCGUGUUCCACCUGUAUGUGCCUGGGCAUUCAGCAUAGCGGGUGGGUUCUCCCUGAAAAUAGCAAGAUGGCUAGGUAUAGUCAAAGGGUUAAAAAGAAAUGGGUAUUCGAUGUUUUUAUUAAGUUUGAUUUAAAAAACGAGAUCCAUUUUGCAUAGAGCCCUUCAUGCCAAGCCUGAGCUGGCUAAAAUGGCAUAGCCCACGAAGGAGAGCACUUGACAGGAGCACCACCAAACCACAGCAAAUGCCUAUGGCUCCCAUGAGCACAGCAGUGCAGCGACACUCCAGGGAGCGGAGGCAUCUGGAGGGUUGGUUUGGAACUGGGGCAAACGCAGCCCCUGAAAAAUUUCACACCCUGAGCACUGCGCUUAGGUCAACCUCACCCCCAGUGUAGAAGCAGCUGGGUAGACAGAAGAAUUCUGCCAUCUGGUGAAAUCCAUGUCUUUUUGCGUAUAUUUUUAUGUUGGAAGAAAGAAUCACAGAUGCUAAGAUUGUUUUUGGCACAAAAUUCAAGAAGUCUUGUGCCACUGUCUUUCGUUGUUCCAGUUUUAUGUAGGCCGAUGACUGUUUCCCAACCUCCUCUUUCACUUCUGAUCUGGGCAUUAAAAUCUCCCAUAAUCAGGACAAGGUUGUGGUUUGGUAUUUCUUUCAUUACAUUGUUCAAUUCUGCAUAGAAUCGCUCUUUGUCCCCUUCAUCUGCAUCGUUUGUUGGAACAUAUGCCUGGACUAUGGUGUCUUAAUGUGUCAAGAAUGGAAUCUAGCUGCCAGUAGCUUAUCUGAUAUUGGCUGCCAAUUCAUAAGUGAUUUCUUUGCAUAUUCCUGAUGAUUCCUACACCUCUCUCAUGUUCGGUUCCACCUGACUAUAACAUUGUUUUUUCUCCAGAUGUUAUCAUACUUUGAUCUUUCCAUCUAAGUUCACAAAGUUCUAAGAUGUCAAUUUUAUAUCUAUCCAUUUCUUUGAUUACCUGUGCUAAUUUUCCUGCACUAUUCAGAGUUCGUACAUUCCAGGUAGCUAUGGAUGUACUCUUCUCGGCCAAAAGAAUUUGGACCAUUGAGUGGGUGACUUCCCGAUGGAUUUGAUCAUCCACUGUCAUAACACUUUCCAUCCUCCUCAGGCCGUGAUUUGUGGUUUAUGUGGUUUAUGUGAGUAGUUUCUGUAGCUAGAACUUUUUUUUUUUUUUACGGUGACGGGAAGCCACCCCAUCGACCAACUCUCCUACAUUUUGAUCCGGGCUUGGGAACCUCCUCCUUUUUCAUCUGGGCUUGGGACCGGCACUGGCGGAGUUAUAUUAUAUUAUAUAUAAACAAAAAGUUGUUUCAGACUGAAAUAUUUAAAUUUUUCAUUCCAAACAUGUCAAAUCAGGAUGUUUUGCUAUUGUCAGAACUUCCCCCCCCCCGCUUCCCCUCCCCCCCAAAAAAACGAAAUUCCAGAAAAAUCAAUCCCAUUUUGUGGGAACCUCCUAUUCCAGUGGAAUAUGGUUCUAUCAGAAUUUGUCUGCCCAGCUCUCCAUCUGGCUGUUCCUCUGUUUACAUCUCCCCUAGCUCUCUGCAGAACUACUCUAUCUCACAGUUCCCCUUUGCAGUGCAGCAGCUACUGGUCACCAAACCACCCACUCCCCAGCUAGUCUCGUUCUCUGCUCAAAGCUUAAAAAAAACAAACCACCAGAGACCACAGUACUCCUCAGCAAUGAAAAUCACCAGACCACGGUGCUUUCCUGUGCAGCGCAGCUGGGAAGAGUGUUAUGGCAGAGCAGUGACUCUCAAACUGUUCUGGUGCAGCUCACUUCGAAAUCUUACCCCCUAGCCUCCAUUCCACCAGCGUGUUUGUUGGGUCACAAGGGACAGCAUUAAGUGGGCAAGGCGGACUUAAAAGCUGGGACGGUUGCAUGCAUCUUGUUGCUCCCGUCUAAGGGAAUUGGCUUAGUAGCUCUGAAACCUUAGUUCUAUUCCUGGCUUUGCUGCUGCGUGACCUUGGGCCAGUCACGUCAGUGCUGUGCCUCUGUUCCCCUCCCCCACCCUGUGCAAAAAGAUCAUUGUAAACCUGACUCUCCUUGGUAAAGAGUGUUGAGAACUGCUGUGAAGAGCGAGGGAUUACUGACGUAUACGACCGAGGGCCUAGAGGCCCCAACCCAGAUCAGGCCCCCAUUGUGCCUGGUGCUGCUCAGACACAGAUAGUCCCUGCUCCAAAGAACCCCCGGUGUGAACAGACAAGGGGUGGGAUGGGGAAACUGAGGCACAAAGAGGGGUUUAUACCACCCCUGUUCAGUAGAGGUCUAGAUGGCAUGGAGGUGAAAACCCCAGUACACUAGUGCUGACACCACCGAUGCUAGAGCAACAGUGGGAGAUUUUUAAAGAGCUAGUGUAGACGAGGCUCUAUUGUGGUUUUGUAUCUAGUGGGUUUCACUGAGUUUAGCAAUAAGCCAGACCUGGGCUUGUCUAAAACUUGUCCCCCAGGCUGGCUUCAUAAUCUGCCCCGAUCUUGCCUGAAACCCAGCCCUGGGCUUGUUCAGAAGGUCUUAACUUCAACAAACCUGACUCAAGUUCAGGACUCAUAACAAAACCCAGAAUCUUGGAUGUCCUCACACAGCCAUGCCUGUGGUGCCCUCAGAGAACUGCUUGUCCUUAAACCAGUUCCCUAGGAAUGGUUCCAGUUUGCCUAAAGCUCCUACUCUGUGCUGUCUAUCCUUUUAUUUCAGAGAAUCGCUCCCUGUAUUCCUUUUCCAGGGAAAUAUUUCUCACCUCCCCCCCCCCACUCCUAAACACUCACAUCCCUCCAAAAAAAUCCCUCUUAAACCCAGUGGAGUACAGAUACAUCCCUAUUUUGGCCUCUCCAAAUGUCUCUGUCUAGUGGGAAUGAACAAACACAAAUACCCCACAGCCAGUAAACAAGAUGCCAACUUUUCUCCUUCCUCUGCCAGCAGACUGGGCCCCUCUGAUUCUUGCAGGCUCCUAUUCCUAGCAACCUUGGUGGAGGAUUAUUUAUUUAUUUUUGUUUCUCUCUCUCAAUAGUAGGUUGGACACUGCCAGUCCAGGCAGACGCCAGGCCCGUAAGUGAUUAGUUUAGCUUCCUGCCCAUAUGCGCCUCCUCUCCUGCUAAACUGACAUUGAAUUUCAAUUUGCAAGCUGGGAAAUAAACAAUGGUCCCAUUCCCCCUCCCAAUAAACACUCACUGACUCUCCAGAGGACUGGUAGAUGGUUGUAGCUGAGCUGCAGGAAACCACAGUGGAACAAAAGGCUGCUGGAGGAAUGGAACAUAGGGAUGAGGGUGAUUAUGAUACAAAUGGUGGGGGAGCCACUGGGGAGUGAGAGAGAAGAGCUUUUGGAGAAGGCAGUAGGACUCUUUAAAAGCAACGAAACGAGAAUACAAAUAAGCACCAGCGCCAGAGGAGAGGUGGGAUAAUCUCUUGACAGGAGGCACAUGGAUCUCUCCCAAGCUGGUUUGAGAAGGGAAGAGAAAGCGAAGGUGUCACAGACCAUUUCAUGGUUAGAGAAACGGAGGGAAACUGAGUGCAGUGGGCAAAGCCAGUGCUGGGCUCAGAGUAUAUUCCAAGCAGCUGAGACACCUGCACACAGAUCUAUAAGGGCAGGGCCCAAGGGCUAAGUUUGGUCCCAUUUCCGCACUCCACCCCUAGUCAGCAAUUCACUCUCAGGUGCUUUGCUGGACAGGGAUGCGCUUAAGCACCUGCUUAAGUAUUUUACUGAACCAGGCCCCUCAAAUGGAGCCCACAGCUACUCCCGCCGUAUCCCAGGCAAGCCAGGACAAUGCUGAUUGGCCAGUAGCUAUGUCACAGAGUGUGGGGGCGUCAGGGCCCUGCACUCCCCACUUCCUGCGAUUCGCCGUGACUCUCAGCCAGCCGGUAAAACAGAAGGUUUAUUAGACGACAGGAACA